UCUUCUCCUGCUUAUACUAAAUAUAUGUCCAUGCACGUGCAAACCCAUUGACAGGUUAGGACGGACAAUCAGCCACUACAGCCGUUGGCCGAACGAGGAGUCGUCUCCGGCUCCGGGAGGAUGACGGAGUACAGCAGGGGCGCGGAGCAGGCGCCGGAGACGAGGGCCAGGCCGCCGCCACCGCUCACCCAUGAGGACAACCGCCGCUUCCUCGAGAUGCUCCGCGAGAAGAAGGAAAGGUUGGGGGUCGGCGUAGAGAAGGUGGAGGUGAGGUUCGAGGAGCUCACCGUGGAGGCCGACGUGCGCGUGGGCCGCCGCACGCUGCCGACGCUGCUCAACUGCGUCCUCAACGCUGCCCAGGAAUUGGCAACAUAUUCACACAUGUGUACCACAAGGAAAAAACCCAUCAAAAUUAUAAAUGGAGUGAGCGGGACAAUUCGUCCAUCACGGAUGACACUUCUUCUAGGAGCACCUGGCUCCGGGAAAACAACUUUUUUGAAAGCACUUGCAGGGAAGUUGGAUUCCUCUUUGAAGCUCAAAGGAAAGGUCAUGUACAAUGGAGAAGAAGUGAAUUUCUCAACACCUCAAUAUAUGCAUGCUUAUAUUAGCCAGUAUGAUCUUCACAAUGCUGAGAUGACCGUUAGGGAGACGAUUGAUUUCUCUUCCAAGAUGUUGGGAACCAAUAAUGCAUUUGGUAUGCUAGGAGAAGGAAUAAGAAGGAAAUAUGGUCUCAUCAACAAGGUGGACGAGGAUAUCGACUCAUUUACGAAGGAUACCACCUUUGGAGAAGCAAGCAAUCUUACAACAAACUAUAUUAUCAAGAUACUUGGUUUAUAUGAUUGUGCUGAUACCCUAGUGGGGGAUGAGCUGAGAAGAGGCAUAUCAGGAGGACAAAAGAAAAGAGCCACAAUCGGAGAGAUGCUAGUUGGUUUGGCAAGAUGCUUCUUUAUGGAUGAUAUAUCAACAGGUUUAGAUAGCUCCACUACAUAUGAGAUUCUAAAAUUUGUCCAACAAAUGACUCAUCUGAUGGAUCUCACCAUGGUUAUUUCGCUGCUACAACCACCACCUGAGACAUUGGAAUUAUUUGAUGACAUUAUCCUAUUAUGCGAGGGUCAAAUUGUGUAUCAUGGUCCUCGAGAAAAUGCUAUCCAUUUUUUUGGAAUAAUGGGAUUCAAAUGUCCCGAACGGAAGAAUGUAGCUGAUUUCCUUCAAGAGGUGACCUCCAAGAUGGAUCAAAAGCAAUACUGGAUGGGUGAUGAAAAUAAGUAUCAAUAUCGGCCAAUAGAAAAGUUUGUAGAAUCCUUCCAUUCUUCCUAUCUACCACAACUUAUAGAAGAUAAUCACUACAUGACGAAUAAUACAAGAGAAAACAAGGUGAUCAAAACAAGUGAAACUCACAGGAUCUCCCGGUGGGAUAUUUUCAAAGCAUGCUUUUUAAGGGAAGUAUUGCUUCUCAAAAGGAACUCCCCACUUCAUAUAUUCAAGACUGUACAAACAGUUGUUCUGGCUUUCGUGAUUUCAACAAUUUUCCUUCGAACAAAUAUGAACCAUAAAAAUGUACUUGAUGCCAACAAGUACAUGGGGUCCCUCUUUAUAGCAAUUGUGAUAGUAAACAUGAAUGGCAUGACUGAGAUUGCAAUGACAAUAAAGCGACUCCCCACAUUCUACAAGCAAAGGGAGUUACUAGCAUUGCCGGGAUGGGCACUUCUUUCUUCAAUUUUCCUUAUCAGCAUCCCAAUGUCACUAGUAGAGACAUUUCUUUGGACCAGCUUAACCUACUAUGUGAUUGGCUACGCACCUUCCUUUCUGAGAUUUUUCCAGCAGUUUAUGGUCCUUUUUGCGACACAUCAAAUGUCAAUGGGCCUCUAUCGUUUCUUAGCAGCAAUAGGAAGGACACAAGUAAUGGCAAACAUGCUAAGCACCACAGCCGUUAUAGCAAUGUACAUAUUCGGAGGCUUCGUCAUAUCUAAAGAUAAUCUUCAACCAUGGUUGCAGUGGGGGUGUUGGAUAUCCCCAUUCACUUAUGCACAAAAUGCUGUUGCCCUAAAUGAGUUCCUUGACGAAAGAUGGGCUACUGAAUUUUACUAUACAAAUGCUAAUACAGUUGGUGAAGCUAUCCUCAAGAUCAGAGGGUUGCUCACAAAUUGGCAUUGGUAUUGGAUUUGUGUCAGCAUUUUAUUCGCGUUCUCGAUGGUCUUCAACGUCCUCACUAUAUUUGCUUUGGAGUUCAUGAAGUCUCCACACAAGCAUCAAGUUAACACUAGUGCAACAAAGUCAAAGCUGAUUUGCAAGAACUACAAGAUUGGAACUGGCAAUGCAUCAUCUGGUCAAGUUGUCCUUCCAUUUCAGCCUCUUUCCAUUGUAUUUGAUCAUAUCAACUAUUUUGUAGAUAUGCCCAAGGAGAUGAUGAAGUACGGAGUAACAGAGAAAAAGCUUCAACUACUACAAGAUGUAAGUGGUGUUUUCAGGCCAGGAGUAUUAACAGCUCUAAUGGGGAUCACUGGUGCUGGAAAGACAACAUUGCUCGAUGUAUUGGCUGGAAGAAAAACCGGAGGGUAUACUGAAGGUAGUAUUCGGAUAGCAGGAUACCCAAAGAAGCAAGACACAUUUUCAAGGAUCUCGGGCUAUUGUGAACAGAAUGAUAUUCACUCCCCUAACCUUACUGUGCAUGAGUCACUACAGUUCUCUGCUUGGCUUCGACUGCCUUCAAAUGUUAAAUCUCAUGAAAGAAAUAUGUUUAUAGAUGAAAUAAUGGACCUAGUUGAAUUAACUGGAUUGAAGAAUGCCAUGGUGGGCCAAGCAGGAGCAACCGGCCUGUCAGCCGAGCAGCGGAAAAGGCUAACAAUAGCCAUGGAGUUAGUAGCUAGCCCUUCCAUCAUAUUUAUGGAUGAGCCGACCACUGGUUUGGAUGCUCGUGCUGCAGCAAUUGUCAUGAGAACAAUAAGAAAGACAGUAGACACUGGACGAACUGUUGUAUGCACAAUACAUCAGCCAAGUAUCGAGAUAUUUGAAUCUUUUGAUGAGCUUUUGCUUAUGAAAAGAGGCGGUCAAAUCAUAUAUAAUGGUUCAUUAGGUCCUCUAUCCAGCAACAUGAUCAAGUAUUUCGAGGAUAUACCUAGUGUUCCUAGAAUAAAAGAGGGACAAAACCCAGCAUCAUGGGUAUUGGAUAUAAGUUCACACACAAUGGAAUAUGAGAUUGGAGUGGACUACGCAGAAAUUUACCGGAGCUCCUACUUAUAUAGGGACAAAAUGCUUCUAAUUGAUGAGCUUGGGCACCCAACACCGAACACGGAGGAUCUAUAUUUUCCCCCAGGAUACUGGCAAAAUUUUAUGGCACAAUGCAUGGCUUGCCUAUGGAAACAAAGAUGUGCAUACUGGAAAAACUUAGAACACAAUGGUGUUCGGUUUCUAAACACAUUUGUUGUAUCAAUUAUGUUUGGAGUUGUAUUCUGGAAAAUUGGCUCAACCAUAACACAAGAACAAGAUGUAUUCAACAUACUAGGUGUUGUAUUUGGAUCAGCACUUUUCUUGGGCUUCAAUAAUUGCAUCGGUUUGCAACCGGUUGUGAUAAUGGAGAGAGUUGUUCUUUAUCGAGAAAAGGCGUCAGGCAUGUACUCCACCUUGGCCUACACCAUAGCUCAGAUGGCAAUCGAAUUGCCUUACAUCCUUGUCCAAGUACUCGUAUUUUCCUCGAUUGUAUACCCAAUGACUGGGUUCCAGAUGACCACCGUAAAGUUCUUUUGGUUUGUCCUCUACAUGGUGCUAAGCUUCAUGUACUACACACUUUACGGGAUGAUGACAGUGGCACUAACACCUAACCUUGAGAUGGCCGCUGGAUUGUCCUUCCUUAUCUACGUAUUUUGGACUGUCUUCUCUGGCUUCAUCAUUGGAAGAGAGCUGAUCCCGAUAUGGUGGAGAUGGGUGUACUGGGCUAACCCAGCGGCAUGGACAGUAUACGGGCUCAUGUUCUCACAACUUGGUGAUCGUACGGAGCUGAUCAGUGUGCCGGGGCAGCCGGACCAAACGGUGCAGGAGUUCCUCGAGGGCUACCUUGGCAUCGAGGGCCGCUACUUCUACCUUAUCACCUACCUGCACUUGGCCAUCAUCGCCAUCUUUGCCUUCCUCUUCUUCAUCUUUGUCAAGCACCUAAAGUUCGAGUGGAGGUAGCACAGAGACUGAUUGAACAACGAACUGCAAAUACACACUAAUCAGUAAAUUACUUGCUUGUAUAAAGCUAUGAGAAGAGAAACAUUCAAUCACUAAUAAGCACAAGACCACAAGGGUUUUGCUGCUGCAAUAUAAAGUGUGUAAAUAACCACAUGAUUUAUGCAAGAAUUUGUAUAUUUGUUACUAGUACGGCAACCUCCAGCCUUACAUGAUUGUUGAUUACAGCAAUAUGUUGAUGAACAUAUCAAAUUGCAAAAUAUUCCUUUGAUA